GGUUACACGUUCAGUUGACUAAGCGACGCGGUCGUGAAAUAAUUCAAUCUCGUGUCAGUGUCAUUUAAUUUUAAAUUACAAAGAAGAAAUAAAAUAAUAUUAUUCACAGAAAGUUAUCGAGUGAUCGAACGAAGUCAAAAAGAAAAAAAAAGGACACAACUAUGUAUAUUUCAUUUUGCAACUUUGUCGUAACAUUAUUAUUCCUACUGUGCACUAACACAAUUGCACAAGAAAGAUGUUUCACGCCUACAAAUGUUAACGGUGUUUGCAUUAAUAUUAGAAAUUGCAGUCCAAUAAUUCGAAUAUUGCAGAAUCAAAAACCUUUGAAUCCAGAAACCAUCGAAUUAUUAAAAUCGUUCCAAUGCGGUUACGAGGGUGAAGAUCCAAAAGUUUGCUGUCCUGUUCAACCCGAACCUACAAAGAAUGUAACUCAAGAAAUUUCCAAUAUUCCGGAUGUAUCGAACCAUCCAAAUCUUCGAAUAUUGAACCUCAAUCCUUGUGGUCAAUCUAUUCAAACAAAGAUACUUGGUGGAGAGGCAACUGGUAUCCUUAGUUUUCCAUGGAUGGCACUACUCGCAUAUAACGUUGGAAGAAGGAAUACGGAAUUUCGAUGCGGUGGAACUUUGAUUACUAAACGAUAUGUCCUUACUGCUGCCCAUUGUGUUACUUCAUUGAAAUCAGGUGUAAGUCUGGUUUCUGUUAGAUUAGGAGAACAUGAUCUUAGAACGGAACGUGACUGUGAAAUGGAUGGAGAAGUCAUAUCAUUUUGUGCAGAUAAAUAUCAAGAUUUUGGCAUUGAAAGUGUACAUUUUAAUCCACAAUUUUCAAAAUCAUUACAAAAUGAUAUUGCCUUGUUAAGAUUGGACAGAGAUGCUGAUUUGACGGUUAAUAAUGUUAGACCGAUUUGUUUACCAUUUUUAAAUAACCUUACGAUUCCAAGACAGCUAAUCGCUACAGGAUGGGGUACGACAGAAACUGGCAUGCAAAGUGCCGCUUUAUUGCAAAUUAAACUGCCAAUCGUAGAAAAUUCACGAUGUAAAGACAUUUACCAGGGUAAAAUUGGAAUUUGGCAUAAACAACUAUGUGCAGGAGGUGAAAAAGAUAGAGACUCUUGUUCUGGUGACAGUGGUGGACCUCUUCAAUGGCCUACGUUGCUCGGUAGAGAAUCUCGAUACGUUCAAUAUGGAAUUGUUAGUUUUGGAAUGAGAAAUUGCGGUACAUCAGGUUACCCAGGUGUUUACACUAACGUUAAAUAUUACAUGGAUUGGAUUUUAGAUACUAUUAGGGAUUAAUUUCAUCAACGCUGACAUAUUAUUUUGUACUUUUUUAUUGAAGCUUUAUUUUUAGUGAUAACACAAAUAUUGUUAUACAAUAAAUAAGAAGAAAUUAUUUAUCAUUUA